CACAAUCCGCGCAUAAACCUGGGGGACCGGUUGAGCACACGACAGACAAUCAUAUCCAUAAAAAAAAUUGGCACAAGCAGCAGUUUUGGUUAUGCCCGCGAUAAUUAACAUAUGCAUCUCCUGCAGUUUUCAGUCCUCCGCACAUAAUCCGACAAGAUGGGUAAGGGACAGCCCCGUGGUUUGAACGCCGCCCGCAAGCUCGCGACCACCCGUCGCGAGAACCGUUGGGCCGACUUGCACUACAAGAAGCGCCUUCUCGGUACCGCCUACAAGUCCUCCCCCUUCGGUGGUGCUUCCCACGCCAAGGGUAUCGUCCUCGAGAAGGUCGGUGUUGAGGCCAAGCAGCCCAACUCCGCUAUCCGCAAGUGUGUCAAGGUCCAGCUCAUCAAGAACGGCAAGAAGGUUACUGCUUUCGUCCCCAACGACGGUUGCUUGAACUUCAUCGAUGAGAACGACGAGGUCCUCCUCGCCGGUUUCGGUCGUAAGGGUAAGGCCAAGGGUGAUAUUCCCGGUGUCCGUUUCAAGGUCGUCAAGGUCUCCGGUGUCGGUCUCAUGGCCCUCUGGAAGGAGAAGAAGGAGAAGCCCCGCUCUUAAGCAACCCAAACCCCAUCUUUACAAAGCAAAAGGAAGAUGUCGGCUGGCAUGCUCCGGGAAAGGAAAAUUAUGAUAUCUUUUUUCUUUUCCGGGGGAGGGAAGGUGAUCUCUGUUCUGGGCGGGGGCCCAUUCCAUAGCGAAUGAUACAAAAAAUAUACCACGGCUUGA